AUGCAACUGAAAAUGGCAGAAGCCAGUAUUGCAGUUGAUCAGAAUGAGUUCAGCUGUCCAAUCUGUCUGGAUCUACUGAAGGAUCCAGUGGCUAUUCCCUGUGGACACAGUUACUGUAUGAGCUGCAUUAAGAGCUGCUGGGAUCAGAAGGAUCAUGUUGGAGUUUACAGCUGCCCCCAGUGCAGACAGACCUUCACACCCAGGCCUGUUCUGGGCAGAAACACCAUGCUGGCUGAAGUGGUGGAGAAACUGAAGAAGACUGGACUACAAGCAGCUACUCCUGCUGACCAUUAUGCUGGACCUGGAGAUGUAGAGUGUGACGUCUGUACUGGGAGAAAACACAAAGCUGUCAAGUCCUGCCUGGUGUGUCUGGCUUCUUACUGUGAAACUCACCUCCAGCCUCACUAUGAGUCUCCAGCUUUUAAGAAGCACAAGCUGACUGAUGCCACUGGACAUCUGCAGGACAAGGUCUGUUCCCACCAUGAAAAACCCCUGGAGGUCUACUGCCGUACCGACCAGCAGUGUGUCUGUCUGCUGUGUGUGAUGGAUGAACACAGAGGCCAUGAUACCAUCUCAGCUGCUACCGGAAGGGCAGAGAAACAGAAACAAAUGGGAGAUACACAGAAGAAACUUCAGCAGAGAAUCCAGAUGAGAGAGAAGGAGCUGCAGGAGCUGAGAGAGGCUGUGGCCUCAAUCACAAGCUCAGCACAGUCAGCAGUGGAGGACAGUGAGAGGAUCUUCACUGAGAUGAUCUGCUCCAUUGAGAGAAGACGCUCUGAGGUGAAAAAGCUGAUCAGAGAUCAGGAGAAGGCUGCAGUGAGUCAGGCUAAGAGAGACAUGGAGAGACUGAAGCAGGUUAUUGAUGAACUGAAGAGGAGACACUCUGAGCUGGAGCAGCUUUCACACACAGAGGAUCACAUCCAUUUCCUCCAGAGGUACCAGGGUCUUCCUGUCACCCCAGAAGCUGGAUUUGAACCCAAAAUCUCAGUCUCUUCACGCUGCUCUUUGGAGAAUGUGUGGACUGUGGUCUCUGAACUGAAGGAUCAACUGGAGAAUGUUUGCAAAAAGAAAACUACAGAGAUCCAUCAUGCAGUUACCAAAGACACCAUCCUACCAGUAUUAGUGCCCAUGACCAGAGCAGAAUUCUUACAAUAUUCCGGUCGGCUCACUCUGGACCCCAACACAGCAAACGAAGAACUUCAUCUGUCUGAGGGGAACAGAGUGGUGACAUGGAAGAGAGAGACGCAAUCAUAUCCUGGUCACCAGGAGAGGUUUGACUCACGCCUCCAAGUGCUGUGUACAGAGGGUCUGACUGGGUGCUGCUACUGGGAGGUUGAGUGGAACGGGGGAUGGGUUGGAAUAGCUGUCACAUACAAAGGGAUCAGCAGGAAGGGAUGGGGUGACAACAGCAGGCUUGGAUGCAAUGACAAGUCCUGGUGUUUGUACUGCUCAAGCUCCAGUUACUCAUUCUGGCACAAUAAUGUGCAAACUGCAAUAUCUGCCCCCCCCUCCCCCAGGAUAGGAGUGUACCUGGAUCAGGGGGCAGGAACUCUGUCCUUCUACAGCGUCUCUGACACAGUGACCCUCCUGCACAGGGUCCAGACCACGUUCACUGAGCCUCUCUAUCCUGCAUUUUAUCUUUGCAGCAGUACAGCCAAAUUGUGCUGAUUACGUUAACAGUCUGUUAAUUGUAUCCUAUAAAAUUAACUAAACAACUAACAUUAGAAAACAUGACUGCUGGCCAGCACUGGGAACAUCCUGGAUGGAACAGCCUUGUUUUUGUCACAGGUAUAUGUUCUUAAAUAGUAAUUUAUAUUUUUAGCGAGAUAAAAAUCUGCAUAAAUUCAGUAAUAGCGAUGCUUUUGGCAUGUGAAGUACCAGUAUAAAUUAUUAACAAUGAUUACAUUAAUGCAGAUAAUCCCUAACUUAUGCAGAUCAUGGAUUUUAACCAGUUAGAAUUUGGAAAACCAAAAAAUAAAUCAUAACUUUGCAGUAGUUUACACUGUUUCCUUACCCUGACUUUCAUUCUCCAUAUUACCAUUAUUUAAAUAUACCGUAGCCCUGUUGAGAUGUCUCCGCAUAGUGUGCUCACAAACCUUGUGUGUGUUAUUGUAAAUAGUUGUAUAUAAUUAGCAUGUAUUGUGUUAUGGUGCUGCAGCGUCUGCUGUAGUGAUGAAUGUUAUGUGUGUAUAUAGUGAGUGACUGUGCUCACCAUGUGUUGUUGGGGUGGUCAGGGUUGCCAGCACUAGUCAGCAGAGUGAGUGGUUGGUGUUUGUACUUGGUGUUUGUUCU